AUGGCGCCGAAUAGAAGAGAAGAACUCAAGAAGAAACAGGAUCUACAAGCUAGGUUCCAACUUGCGCAAUCCGCAAACCACGCGCGCGCUUCAUCGUGGCUCAUCCCCAAAAAACAAGAUCCCUCAUCACCGUCAUCAUCUUCAGUUGGGAAUGGUGGAGAUGACGAGUUUUUGAAUCUUAAAGUUGUACCAUCGGGAUCAACUCUCGGGUCGACGCGAGUCAAACAGACCGUUUCAGAAUUCAUCCAAUCGCGAGAUCCGAAGCGAGGUCAAAAAGAGGGUGAUGAUGAUGAUCAACAGCGAAGUGGGGGGCCUGGGGAGAUAAAACUGGGGGGAAGUCGAGCUUUGAAUUCGUUGUUGAAUAAAAUCCGCGAUGAGCUGCGCCGGCUGAUUGCUCGUGAUGCUAGCUUGGAUAAGCACAGGAGACCUAACGUGGUGCUGGCGAAGAGGAAAGUGGUAGCGGUGGGGAAUACUUGGAAUGGUGUAUCGGAUAAGAAUAGUGGGGGUGAUGGUAAUGAUGGUGAUGAUGGGGAGGAGGAAAAGGAGGGGAGUCGGGAGGCGUUGCGAAGUCGGAGUUUAAAGAGUCGAGGCAAGAUUAGCAAAAAUCGACCUUUUUGA